GGUGGAGGGGACUGGGGAGAGUGAUGAGGGGGAGCUGAUGCAGAGAUAGCGACCUGUACCUUAGGCUACACGUUAUGUCAUGUACCAGUCCACCAGCCCGUUUAUGUGCAUGUGACUGACGGUCGUCACGGUUUCUGAAAGAUUCGUGUAGGUCAUAUUAGGAUCUGGAUUGUCUCCUGUCCGCGGCAUCAUGUCCUCAUCCUCCCUGUGUGGCUCACAGACAGACGCAGGAUGGUGUUUGCCCCAUCGGCGGAACCACACAGCAGCAAGAUCAUGUCUCCGCCACAGCCGGCCCGCCGCCUCCUGCUGACGCCACAAACACACAUGAAAGACAGUGCUGUGGCCUCCUGAUGCAUUUGUCCAGCCACCAUGCAGUGUUCUUGGAAGUCCAUGGUGCUGCUAGCAUUAGCCUCUAUAGCCAUCCAGUACACGGCCAUCCGCACGUUCUCCGCCAAGCCCUUGAGCCUGCUGAGCUCUGUGGGCCUGGCACCCACAGACGGUGCUGUCAACUGCAGCCUAAAAGUUUUGACACGACUGGGUCGGGAGACAGCUGAGGGCACGGACCGAGGCUGCAGUGAAAUCCUCUCCCACACCCCGUCCUUGUCCUUUACCUCCGAAAAUAACAGCAAGAGAACCCACAUCCUCAUUCUGGCCACCACGCGGAGCGGAUCCUCAUUUGUGGGUCAGCUGUUCAACCAGCAUCCAGAGGUCUUCUACCUGUUUGAGCCUCUGUACCACGUCCAGUUGGCGCUGCUUCCCCGGCUGUCGCAGAGUCGAAACUUGGCUGAAAGGAGAGUGAUGCUGGGAGCAGCCAGAGACCUACUGAGGUCUUUGUACAACUGUCACCUCAAAAGUCUGGAGGGUUACAUACGGCCCCGUCCUGCCAACCACUCCACUGAUAAGCUGUUCAGACGAGGAGCUAGUCAGUCUCUGUGCACCCGCCCUGUAUGUGAGGCUUCUCUGGGCCCAGAGGAGCAGAGCCUGGUGCUGACUGAUGAAGGGGAGUGUGUGAGGAGGUGUGGACCGCUCAAUGUGUUGUUGGCUGCUGAUGCCUGUAGAGCAAAGCGCCAUGCAGCCAUCAAGACGGUCCGGAUUCCCCAAAUCAGUGACCUAAGAGCGUUGAUUGAGGACCCCAAACUCAAUUUGAAGGUUGUCCAGCUUGUUCGAGAUCCACGUGGCAUCCUGGCAUCUCGUAUUGAGACAUUUCGAGACACUUACCGUUUGUGGCGUCUGUGGAGAGCGACUGGACGUAGACCCCACAACCUGAACCUGGGACAGAUCAACACUGUGUGUGAGGACUUCCUCAGGUCUGUGUCCACAGGCCUGUCCAGACCCGCCUGGCUCAGAGGGAGAUACAUGCUGCUCAGGUAUGAAGAUUUGGCCAGGUUUCCUCUCCAGAAGACCAGGGAGCUCUACAGCUUCCUUGGUCUAGUUCUGGACCACAAUGUGGAGGACUGGAUCAUUAACAACACCCGGGGUACCAGCGAUCUGUCAUCCCGGCAGAAGUUCACCACCGUUCGUGACUCAGCAGCUAAUGCAGAGAACUGGAGGGUGAAGUUGUCCUUUGACAUGGUGGCUUACACACAGACUGCCUGCCAACCGCUUCUUAAUCUCCUCGGAUACAAGACAGUAUUUCACCCCAGAGAACUGAGAAACUUCUCUCACUCUUUGGUGGAGGACAGGACGUUCCUCCCAUUUUUUUAAACAUCUGAUGACUUACAUAUGUCCAGUAUGGGUUUAAAAGACCAGCAAGUAAGGACAGUACUGUAGUUCAUGGAGCAGAGAGAUUAUGUAGUCAAAGCAAAUCUCAUACCAACUGUACCUCCCUACCUACCGAUGUACUGAGCACCCUCCCCUCCGCAAUCAACUACCUCAGUUCUGGCUCUUUUCCCCCUGAGGUACCUUUUGACAUAAUUAAGCCACAAUAUCAUAGUAAGUGCAGUACACCUUGAUCAUUUAACGGGUUGACUAUGUAGAAAAAAAACUUAACACUUACUCAUGUUUAAGCUACAGUAUGUAGAUUUACAUUCCAGUUUGAUCAUUUACUAUAGCACCAUGUUUGACUAUGUGGAGUUUUGAAAGACAUGUAUAAUAGUGUAUUGCUGCCACCAUGAAAAAAACAAUAGUUUCUGUUUAUAACAAGACAAAUUCUCAUAACGUAAUGUUCAUGUGUCAACAAGAUAUUUUCAUGUAAUAAUUAGGGAUGCACGAUAUGGAUUUUUUUUUCAGCCAAUAAUCGAUAAUAACCUACUCCUCAUGGCCCCCGGCACAAUCGUGCUUCCUCUGUAACUGUGAGAAAUGUCCAUACUGCUGACAACAUGUUUGCCUCUUUAGUUAGCAUGCCGCUCUUCUUCUUCUUCUUCUUCUUCUUCUUCUUCUUCUUCUUCUUCUUCUUCUCCUCUGUGUUUAUUGGCAAUGUACUGCGUCAAUUAAGUUGAUGAAAGCAAUUUGGCUUUGUAAUAUCAGCUGCUUAUCGGCUAUGAUUUUAUUAUCAGAAUAAUGAAUAAUAAUAUAAAUCUCCCAUAAUCAAUCGGCCUGAUAUAUAUUGUGCAUCCCUAGUAAUAAUGACACAUUUUCUUGUUAAUAAUACAUGACAAAUUAUUCUGCUAUAAUACGCAACUUCUGUCAUUGUGACAACCUAUCAUUCUAUCUUGUUCUUAGCUUCCUCGUUAUUGCACAGAAUCAAAAUCAUUGCACCAACGUUAUUGUUAGUUUUAAUAUGAUGAUGUGAUUAACAGAAAAAAUAAAAGUUGAUGUGCCAGGAUGUGGACUCAAUAAACUGGCCCACCAUCAACACAGACCAAAAUAAUGUUUCAGUGAGUCAUUUGAUCAUUGUUUAAUUAAGUGGUUUCCAACCGAUGGGUCUUGGGUCCAUUCUGAACGGGCUGCAAGUGACACGCAAACGUGUCAAGUUUGUAAAAAAAAACACCUUUAUUUUGAAGUACAGCAAAUU